AGGACUCGAGCUCACUCGAACGAAGUCUCACACCUCGGCGCCUGAUGCGAGAACACUCAUAUUCUAGAGACAUGAUCUUUCUACCAUGUUGACUAGGCGUGUCACUAUCCCCCUCGGCGGUAGCCGCCCCCGUUUAUGGCGAUGGUGCGAGGGAGAUACUCUCUCUCAGGAGCCCUCUCGUCGGGGAUUUACAGCAUCAGCACUGAGAUAUCCGCGACUUAGACCGGGCGCGAGAGGAGCACUGGGCUUAUCUGCACGCUCUACCGGAACCCCCCCUGAAGACCCUUGCGUCUCUGAGUCGCGCCAGCCUGAUAUCCAUGGUCUUGACAAUGCAGCGGUAUUACGACACUCGAGCACUCCGGGUGAACAGUCGGCAUCCCAAGUCGAGCCAGCCCGUAGUGCCGAGGAGACUACAAAGGCCAGACCUGCACCUGAAGACAAAGAGGUGAAGAAGAAGCAGAAGAAAAUUCCGCAAGGUAUCCUAACGAGCGCCCAUGACAUCUGGCGCGCCCAGUCUAUCUACCUCGAAUCAUCUUAUUUUACCCAGAACCCAGUCACACCCGUCGCAACGUCCAAGAAGACUAGAUCUCCCCCAUCGGUGUCAUCUUCUCCGUCGCCAACAAAAGCGGCCCCUCCCAGUUCAAACCUUUUUCUCACCACCUCUCCCAGUCCCGUCCUCGCCGCCUCAACGUCCUUCUUCACCUCGCACCCUUCCACGUACCUCUACUCCGCCUCCACCCUCCGGACCCACCGCCGCAACUCCGCCGUCCCAGAAGUCGCCCUCGUCGGCGCCUCCAACUGCGGCAAAUCGUCCUUCCUGAACGCCCUGGUGCGCAAGCCGGGCCUGGCGCGCACCAGCGCCCGAGCGGGGCAUACGACGUCGCUGAACGCGUACGGCGUGGGGCCCGCGCCCUCGGCGAAGGAAAGCGCCAGGAUGAAAGCCCGGGUUGCGAGCACGCGCGGGGAGUCGGUGCCCACGCACAGCAUGGUGCUGGUCGACACGCCCGGCUACGGGUUCCGGAGCCGGAAGGAGUGGGGGGAGGGCAUCGUCGGAUAUCUCCGCGGCCGCACCAUGCUUCGUGCCGUGGUGUGUCUCGUGGCUGUCGAGAAGGACGGGGUGAGCCGGCUGGACCAGGACGUUCUGAGGAUGGUGGCGUCCUUGGGGAGGAAGGUGCUGGUCGUGUUGACCAAGGGGGAUAAGCUCGCUCGGGACGCGAUGGCGGGGAAGGGCAAGGACGAGAAGGGGAAAACGACAACGAAAAAUAAAAAGAAGAAGAGGCAACCGGAAAAGGAGGAGACGGGCAAGGACAAUGAGGACAAUGCGCUGCAUGCCUGGACAAAAGAAAAGAUGGAUGACGCGGCGAGGACUGUAGUGAGGGCGUGCCGCGAUGUCCCGGAGGGCGCGUUGGUGCCCAGAGUGUAUCUCACGGCCGCCGACAUGGACAAGGCGGAUGGGUCCUGGAAGACGGAUCCUCAGGGCGGUCAUCGCGGCAUGGCGGGUGUGAGGCUAGCCAUACUGGAGAUGGCUGAUUUAUCAGCACAGGCAGAGGGCCGAGGUAAGGGAAAGUCGCAGCCGAAGGAGAAGAGAGCGGAAGACGUUCCGCCCGAAGUUCGCGCGAAGGAGAGCACCCCUGAGGUGUGGGGAGGAGAGACAAUUUCGUUCGAGGACCUCGAGAAUAUGUAUCGGUCGAAAUGAGACGGUCUCACUCUCAACUCAUCUCACGCUCUCUCCCUCUCUCGACUUGUACGAUAGAUGUAUGAAAUGAAGCAUUGGGUAGGGGAGUGUUGAUAGUUCCGAGAUACCCAAGUGUAUUUUUUUUCUUGUUCUCUACGUUAACACAUAUGAUAUCUUCUAAGCUGCG